CCUGUCUUCGCGGAAACAGACAUUAAACAUUAGCCAAACCAAAAUGGGGGCAUCUCUUGAUACACCAGCGAGGUGCCUGCUCUGUGAUGUUAUGACCCAAAAUCCCGUCACCCUGAAAUGCAACCACCGGUUCUGCCGAAGAUGUAUUGGAGACUUGUGGAGCGUUAGCCCGUCCGGACCAUACCACUGUCCUGAGUCCAGGUGUAAAAUUGUGUACCAGACCCUUCCGUUUGAUAAGAGUUUCAUACGGUCGCCUACACCGAUUCGACAGCCACCUCCACGGAGUACUGCAGCGACAUCAUCCAGUCAUAGCGAACAAAGUACGUCUGCCUCGGACUUGAGAAGAACCUCGCUGACCAGCCGGCUCCUUGGGAAGAGAAAGGCCACCACACCCGUUUCAGAGGAACAUGUGGCAAAGCGAACCACUGUGGAGUCUACCAAUGACCGGUCCAGAACCGCUGAGACUCCCACCGCCUCCUUCUCAGAUAAACCUGAAGAUCCAGCUGAUGCGGGGACGUCCACAAAACCAAUCGACCCAGAACCCACACCGUCUGCGAGUGGGGACGGCGAAUCCCUCACCAAGAACUCUGACAGGAAGUCAGCUGAAAGUGAUUGGUCUCAAAAGUCAGCGGAUGAUUCUGACAGCUCCAGUGAAGUAGAUCUCUGCGACGCUCCUCUUAAUGCAACCCCCAGGAAAGACGCGACAGGAAUUCCCACUUCACCAAAGAAACUCGCCUCACCUGGAAGCGCUGAAGCCUGUCCUGAGAGUUUAAAUCCAGGGAACAAAUCAGCUCCAGUCAGCAAGUCGCCUCUGAUGUCCACUUCUGCCUCCUCCAACCGUUUGGGCCUCUUCCUCAGACCAGAGAAGUCAAACGGCAGCCCAGUCCCGUGUCAUUACUGCCCUAAAACGGGGCACCAGCCGGCUGUGAAGACCUGCUUGGUGUGUGGGGCGUCCAUGUGUAAGGAGCACCUCCGUCCUCACCUGGAGUCGCCCGUCUUCCAGAACCACACCCUGGUUUCUCCGAUGGAGGACAUUUCCCUGUGGAGGUGCCAGGAGCACCAGGAGAUCAACCGGAUCUACUGCAGGCAGUGCGCGGUGUGCGUGUGCACCGUGUGCACCGUGAUCGGCUCGCACCGCGACCACGCCUGCAUCAGCAUCAGGGAGGCGGAGAAGGAGCUCAGGGCAAACCUGAAAGAAGAAAUCAAACAGCUGCAGGAGGCUGAACAGCAAGUGAAGAGCAGAGUGACUGAACUCACAGAGAAGAAAGAGACUUUCAGAGCGGUUCUAACCACAGCGCUGGACGGAGUGAAGCAGCAGUACGGUGCCAUCAGAGAGGCGUUGGAUCAGGAGGAGCAGUCGGCUCUCCACUGUGUGAAGAAGGAGGAGAACCGGGUCCUGGGCGGUCUGGACAAGAAGCUCUGCCUGCUUCAGAGCUCGCUGCGGUCCAUCCAAAAUGGCCUCCACAACCUGGAGGGUCUGGCCGACGCCAGGGCCGACACGCGCGCUCAGGACCAGGCGUUCAUAAUGGAGUACAGCAGGAUUUCUCAGCUCACCAGCGAGGUGGGGAACUGUGCCGAUCAGUUUGCGCCUCCAGAGGAAGUGGACCGCGGCCGACUGAGCUGCCUGCAGAGGUGGACGGAGAAACGUCUGGACGCCGUCGUCAUCACCAUGCCGGGGAAAGACAGAGACCUCUAUAGGCUGCUGUACGGCACCGUUCCUGCCAUGGACGCAGACACGGCUCAUCCCAAGCUGCAGCUGUCCGAAGCCAACAGGAAGGUGGCGUACAGCGAAGCCCCGCAGGCCUACGCCGACCACCAGGCUCGCUUCAGCUCCUUCCCACAAGUCCUGGCGUCUUCCCCGCUGCAGGGUGGCCGCUGGUACUGGGAGGUGUCCGUGUCGGUGGACGACGGGCGCUGGAAGGUGGGCCUGAGCACGGCUCAGAUAGAAAGGAAGGGCCAGAAGGACGGCUCCCGUCUGGGCUGCAACAGCUACUCCUGGUGCCUGGCCUGCGACAAGAGGAAGCUGGAGGCUCUGCACAACAAGGAGGCAGCUCCGGUGAGGGCCGACGGCCUGCAGCGGGUGGGAGUGUUCCUGGACUUCGAAGAGGGCAGCCUGUCGUUCUUUGAUGCGACACCAGGGGGCAGUCUUGCUUUAUUGCAUUCUUACAACCACAGUUUUUGUGAGCCUCUGUACCCGGCUCUUUCCGUGUCCAAAACCCACCUGACCGUCUGCGACCUGUUCCACUCAUAAACCAGUUUAAACUUUUACAUUUCUGACAGCUUGUGCCUUCUUUUCAUGAAAAUACUUGAUACCAUUAGGUUUGUUUUUAUAUUCUGCUGAAUCUGAAACAUUCUUAGAUGAUUUAACACUGGAACUGUACCAUGGUAAUAGAGUUUAUGUAAUAUUCCCAACAAAGAUAAAGUUUUUUGUAGCCUAAGAUUUUAAAUGAAAGGCAAGCUAAACAUGUUUCAUUUUAAUUUGUUUUCCUUCUUCUUCAUGCUGAGCUCCUGUGGAAUAAAACGCUCGUUUCAAACACAAA